CAUACUGUUCCAUCAGCAACAGCAUUAAACUAUGGGUAUCUAUCGGCCGCGUGCCUUGCUUCUUCUGGUGCUGCUUGGACUAGCGUCGCUAAUACAAGCGACGGAGCCAAUCAUCGCAGUGGAUAAGACCAACAAAGACCAGGCAGCUGAAUUAGUUGAUACGGACGUUAAAGAGCUUGACGGUGUUCUUUAUUUGGGUGCUACUCAGUUGGAAGGCACACUGAAGUCAACUUCAUUCGUGGUCUGCUUAUAUUAUGGCUUGUGGGACUCGCGAAGUAUGGAUUUCCGGCCACAUUUCCAAAAGUUGGCAGAGAAGGUGAAAGAGGAAGAAGGCGACUCCGAUGGUCUGCAGUUUGUCGCAGUCGAUGCCACAACAUCGCCGGAACUGCGCCUCGAUCGCCACGCCGAGACCUUCCCACUCAUCCGUGCCUAUCUUGAUGAGAAAGUGGUGGCUGAAUUCAAGGACAAGUACACUAUCGAAAACUUCGCCAUGUUCAUCGAAGACUUAAGGCAAAAGAAAUCGAAGAACGAGUUGCGCUCGAUAGGACCAGAGAGGAGCUUGCGAACAAUCUCACAGGACCCCGUAGGCCAGGUCAUCCCAUACUUCAAGGACACUUACUUCACUGAGCUCAAACGACAGCCUUAUACCGUCAUUCUCUUCGGUUCGCGUCAGUGUCCACGCACGAAUGCGAUGGUUUAUGCCUAUCAGAUGGCGGCUAAGAAAGCCGGAACGAAAAAUGUGCAGUUUGCUACUGUUGAUGCGUUGUAUGAGGCAAACCUGCGGGCCAGAAACCAUAUCUCUGCCUACCCAACUAUUCUGAUUUACAGAAACGGCAAGAAUCUGGGUUCGUAUCAAGGAAAGCACGGGGUAGAUGACAUGGUCAAAUACGUAAACGAAUUCGUCAAGACACACCCCGUGGAGGAGAAGCGCAAGUUCGAGGCCAAGAAACAAUCUCGGACUGUGUGGACUGAUGAGGAGUUGUAUCUCAUGGGCGCCAUUGGCGUGUUGGCCGUUCUGGCAGUGAUUAGCGUCCUUGGUGUGCGGAUGUUGCUGGCCUCCGCACCGGACCAAAAGCCUACUUCUAAGGCCCAUGGGAAAGGCGCGCCUGCAUCCAAGGCUGCGGCUCCAAAGAAAGACACAGACAAGAAGGAUGACUGAUCGAAAUGGCGAUCUCGACAGAGUGCACCGAAAAGCGAGACACCGCAAACCAAAUAGCCAUGAAGUUGAUUAAAUCGCUUCCAUACUCCUGUUCACCUGCGGAUUUGCACAUGUAAGCUCAUGAGUUUUGUC